GCGCUUUGCUUCCCAAAUUUCAAUCAUUCAUUUACCAAUCUCAUGAUUCUCAUCUCCUCUCCUCUCCCAAUCCCAAAACACAAACACCACCACCACCCCACGUCUAUAACAAACCAACCUCCCAUCCUUACCAGCUGCCCUCAACAAUCCCAACACUGCUAGAUUCCUGAUCUCGCUUCCCUUUCUUUCGUUCAUUCGUUCUUUCUUCGCCAUCUUCCUCCUCUCCUCCUCCUCAUGGCUCAGAUUCAUAUUGAAUCUGAACAGCUUAAACAACUCAAAGACAUCUUUGCGCGCUUCGACAUGGACAGGGACGGCAGCCUCACCCAUCUAGAGCUCGCGGCUCUCCUUCGGUCUCUCGGCCUGAAGCCAACAGGUGAUCAGAUUCACGUCCUGCUCAGGAACAUGGAUCGCAACGGUAACGGGUCGAUCGAAUUCGACGAAUUGGUCAAUGCAAUCUUGCCCGACAUGAACGAGGAUAUAUUCGUCAACCAGGAGCAACUUCUGCAGGUUUUCCGGUCUUUCGAUAGCGACGGCAACGGAUACAUAACCGCGGCAGAGCUCGCCAAAGCGAUGUCCAAGAUGGGUCAGCCCCUUACAUACCGAGAGCUCACCGAUAUGAUACGAGAGGCGGAUAGCAACGGAGAUGGGGUCAUUAGUUUUAACGAGUUCGCCACCAUUAUGGCCAGGUCCGCCGCUGACUUCCUCGGCCUCACCGUCAAAUAGCCGGAGGCCGGAGAACGGAGAUGGUUGUUACAAUGGUGUUACCAUGCCAUCAUGCCCAUGGUCAACCAUGCUACCAUCACCAUCAUCAUCGCCAUCUCUCCCCCUCCACACGUCUUGGGCGGUUUUAAUUUGACUUGACUGCAUUUGACCCGGUCUUCUAUUCAUUGGAGAAAGAGUGUUUUGGUUAUAAAGCGAAGGGAAGCAUCUUAACUCCAUUCUCUAGUUGGGGAACAAAACUUUAUCAAAACCCAAAUUGUAUUUUCAUUAAAGGGAUUUGGUUAGAUGUUGGGCUUCAAUUGAUUAUAUUUGAACUGUCAAAUAAAAAGAUAUGGCUGUUGUUUUAUUA